AUCUCUGAGCCCUGCGAUUUCCACAUUCAGCAGGGAAUCCUGCCUCCCCUCUUGCUGUUUUUUUUCCUGGUAUCCAGGAUGGAGAGGGAAGAGAGUGAGACCUUGGCCGAUGAGGUGGAGGAGUUGAAUGGAAGAGCCGACGUGACGCUGGACCCAGCCACUGCCAACCCCUUCCUCAUCCUGGCCGGUGACCAGCGAGGCGUAGGCCGGGGGGACGAGUGGACCUCGCUGCCCGACAGCCCCGAGCGGUUUGACACGGAGCCCCUCUCCUUGCCUUACUGCGAGCUCUCACCAGCACGUGCGUUGCAGCGGAGCACUAGUGAAAGCUGCAGGGACUGCCGAGGGGGGUGAGCAAGAAGCUGCGCAGUGCCUGAAGUCCGCAGGGAAGGCAAUUCCCACAGAUCCGCCUUCCUCGACCUCCCCCACCCCAAGGUCUCCUUCCCUCACAUAGGGACCAGACGAGAACAGUUUGGGUGGAAGGGACCCACAACGGCCAUCUAGGCCAGUUGCCUGAGCGAUUCGGGGCUGAUCAAGUUAAAGCACGUUAUUAAGGGCAAUGUCCAAGUGCCUCUCAAACACUGACGGGCUUGGGGCAUCAACUACCUCUCGAGGAAGCCCGUUCCCGUAUUUGAACACCCUCUCGGUAAAGAAAUGUUUUCUGCUGUCAGGUCUGCACCUCCCCUGGUGCAGCUUUGAGCCAUUCCCACGCGUCCUGUCCCUGGAUCCCAGGGAGAAGAGCUCGGCACCUCCCGCUCUGCAUCCCCUCCUUGGCAAGCUGCAGGGAGCAGUGAGGUUGCCCCUCAGUCACCUUUUCUCCCAAUGGGACAAACCCAGAGGAUGUGCCUUCCAGCUUAGAUCCGCUCCGGAGAACCGGCAUUUCGGGGAAAUGAUGUUCAAAGGACACGCUGGGCCUGGGAAGGGUGGGGGGACCCCACGCCAGGGACCCUGCUUUGUCCUCUCCUGCUAACUCCUGCUCUCAGGAGAAGAAAAGGUGAGUGUAGCUGAAGGGGAACGUUGCCUGGGUCCAGCCUUGGUUUCUUCCACGUUGCUGGUUGGACUCUCUUAGUGCCAACUCACUCGUCACCUUUGUGGUGGCAACAGCACUGGUCUCCCUGGUCUACUCCAGUAGCUGGGAGGAGUUGCCGCACUGGGUCAGGCACAGAUACACUGCCCUGGCACUAGGGGAUGGGCUCACCAAUGUCACCAGCAUUGUACGGGGACAGGUGACACCCUGGUGCACCUGAGCAUCACACGUCCAUGGGACCAGCAACCCAGUGGCACAACCCAGGAGACCACCCAAGGAGCCAGUCCCAAGAGCAGGGGCACCUCAUGCUCCUGGCUGGGUGAGGUCUCCAAACGGCUGCCCGCAUCUCGGUGCCAGCACCUCCACAGCGCCUGCAGCCUCAGCCGAUGCUGCGCCCGUGCAGGACGAGCCGAGCUCACCCAUCAGGGCUGCGGCUCAGCACCUCCACGAGCACACCGGGAGGCGAGAGCCCACAGCACCAAGGCAGCUGGGCGCGUGUCUGGGGAGAGCCGGAAUCCAGCCCUGCGCAGCACCGCAGCCAAACCCACCGGGUCACCAUGGACUUCAAGGAGAAGGGGUGGCUUCACCCUGGAGCAAGCUGGGACUUCACAGGCGCUUCUCCAUAACCCCCCUUCCCAGAGGUUGUAUUAAACGUUGUAGGAAGA